GACUUGUCUGUCUGAUGUGCGACAUGCCGCAAGUCGGGUUGCUCGGCGACGCUGUGGAAGAGCAGGAAGCGACCGAAAAAAAAAAAAAGUCUAAAUGAGAUUCAUGCGAGCCGACACUUUACGCACGGACUGUGUCGUUUUGAAUGGUUUCGAGUUUUCCCUACCGUAAGGAUGCAAGAUUGUUGACGUUUUUCUAUUUUAAUUUGUAUGGUUUGUCUGUAGGCACCCGGAAAAAAGAACAGAGCAACAGACUAAAUAGCGCUGAAGGAAAAAAAAACAACUCCCAAGAAAAUAAAAAUCGCAUAAAAGCUUAUAAUCAACGGGGAUUUCGAGUGACAUGAGUUGUUUGGGCUCCUCGCUGUCCUCUUUUGCUGGGAUGGUGUCCGAUGUCUGCUAAGUACGUGUCUGGCAGAUGCCAUUGUUGGAACAAAAGAAAAGGAACACAUUGCUUAUACAAAGUACAAAUGCAAGACUUGCCUUACCCACUAAGAGAAUGCUGACUGAGAUUGAAGACAUCGUCAAGAUUAGAACAGACCUCAGCUACCUGACAUACAGCAGUGGAUGAUGCAGGAGUGCACCCUGACGGAAGAAGGGGUCUGUUCCAAGCCUGGGCUUUCUUGUUCCCGCCCAUGCCUGUGAUCCCCAUUCCACGGCGGGUGCGCUCAUUUCACGGCCCCCACACCACCUGCCUGCACUCAGCUUGCGGGCCCGUGCGCACCGCGCAGUUGGUACGCACCAAAUACAACAACUUUGAUCUUUACCUGAAGUCUCGUUGGAUGUAUGGCUUCAUCCGCUUCCUGUUAUACUUCAGCUGUAGCCUUUUCACUUCCCUCCUGUGGGUGGGACUCUCUGCCCUUUUCUGCUUGCAGUAUGUGGGUAUCCGGGUCUUCCUGCGUUUCCAGUACAAGCUCUCUGUCAUCCUGCUGCUGCUAGGCCGGCGACGGCUUGACUUCAGCCUUCUGAAUGAACUCUUCAUUUAUGGCAUCCAUGUAACCAUGCUGCUUGUUGGAGGCCUGGGGUGGUGCUUCAUGGUCUUUGUGGACAUGUAGCUUACGGGUUUGAAAAGACACUAAAAACGAUAAAUGUUAACAUUAAUGGUGGACCAUUCCAUUUUAUUUAUUUGUGUGGAAAAGCUUUCCAAUGCUGCAUGUGUGGAGUUGCAAUUAAAAUUUUAAGUUGUUUUAA